UUUGGUUUCUGCUUGAUCUUGAUCGUGCAUUUUGUAAUUGGCGGCGUUGAAAUGUCUCAUUUCUUGCUGUUUUUUGCAAUACUUUAUGCUGUUCUUGCUGUUUCUCUUGGAGACGAUUCGAGGGUUUCCUCCGCACUUCUGAGAAUCAAAUCAGAACUUGUUGAUCCAGCAGGAGUUUUGAGCAACUGGUCUCCAAGUGCUCAUAUACGCAGUUGGAAUGGCCUUUUGUGUUCAGACGAUCAGUUGCAUAUUAUUGGUCUUAACCUAUCGGGAUCAGGAUUAGCUGGUCCAAUCCCUCGCGAGCUUUCACAACUCUCUUCGAUCCAAACACUCGAUUUCUCUUCAAAUUCCCUCGCUGGUCCACUUCCUCCCGAGUUGGGACAGCUUCAAAGUCUCAAAAUACUCCUCCUCUACUCGAACUUUCUCUCCGGCGGGAUUCCUGCAGAAAUAGGUCUUUUGAGGAACUUACAAGUUCUUCGGAUAGGAGAUAACUUGUUUUCAGGUGCAAUUCCACCAAGCAUUGGAAACCUGACUGAGCUGAGAGUGUUGGGACUUGCCUACUGCCAAUUAAAUGGAAGCAUUCCAGUUGAAAUUGGUGAUUUGAAGAAGCUGACAUCUCUUGAUCUGCGGAACAAUAGCCUCACUGGCCUCAUACCAGAAGAGAUUCAUGGCCUCCAAGAGAUUCAAAACUUUGCAGCAUCCAACAACAUGCUCGAAGGAGAUAUCCCUUCUUCGAUAGGAUCACUUAAAUCGCUGCAAAUCUUGAACCUGGCCAACAACAGCCUCUCUGGAACAAUUCCUUCCGCGCUAAGCCAGCUUGCAAAUUUAAACUACUUAAAUUUGGUAGGGAACAGAUUGAACGGUGAUAUCCCUUCAGGGCUUAACCAAUUAGCACAGCUCGAGAAUCUUGACUUGUCGCGAAACAACCUCUCAGGAAGCAUAGGCCUCCUCAGCACACAACUAAAGAAUCUCGAAUCUUUGGUUCUGUCUGAUAAUGCCUUGACAGGUACAAUUUCAAGCAAUUUCUGCCUCAGCAACUCAAAUCUUCAACAACUUCUUCUCGCUCGAAACAAGCUCACUGGAAAAUUUCCUCUAGACCUACUCAGCUGCUCUUCACUCCAACAGCUAGACCUUUCGGAUAACACUUUCGAAGGAGAGCUGCCAGCUGCCCUGGACAAGCUACAGAAUCUCACAGAUCUUGUACUCAAUAACAACAGCUUCACUGGAACUCUACCUCCUAAAAUAGGAAACAUGAGCUACCUAGAAAAUCUGUAUCUGUUCGGAAACAUGAUCACAGGUAGAAUCCCGGCGGAGAUUGGGAAGCUGAAAAAGUUGAAAACCCUUUACCUGUAUGACAACCAGCUGUCAGGAUCCAUACCAACAGAGUUAACCAAUUGCACAGAGCUAUUAGAAAUUGAUUUUUUCGGAAACCAUUUCACGGGCUCCAUCCCUGCAACGAUUGGGAAGCUUAAGAGUCUCGUUCUGCUUCACCUGAGGCAGAACGGCUUGUCAGGACCUAUCCCGCCUAGCUUAGGUUACUGCAGAAGUCUCCGGUUACUGGCCUUGGCAGAUAAUAAACUCACUGGAACCUUGCCACCCACAUUUCGAUUCAUUUCUCAGCUAAGCACCAUUACCCUUUACAACAACUCCUUUGAAGGCCCUCUUCCUGCAUCCCUUUUUCUUCUCAAAAACCUCAAGAUCAUAAAUUUUUCCCACAACCGGUUUAAUGGAAGCAUCUAUCCACUGUCUGGUUCGAGUUAUCUGACCAAAGUGGACUUGACAAACAACAGCUUUUCAGGUUCAAUCCCUUCUAGACUAGCGAUGGCUAGAAACUUAACCCGUCUCCGCCUUGCAUACAAUCACCUCGCCGGCACCAUCCCUUCUGAAUUCGGCCAGCUCACACAGCUCAAAUUUCUUGACUUGUCAUUCAACAAUCUCACAGGAGAAGUGCCACCUCAAUUGUCUUCUGCAAAGCUUAUUGAGCAUUUUCUACUGAGUAACAACCGAUUCGAAGGAAAAAUACCUGCAUGGUUAGGGAGCUUACAAGAGUUGGGAGAACUUGACUUGUCAACAAACAAGUUCCAAGGAACACUACCGGCAGAGAUCGGCAACUGUUCGAAGUUACUGAAACUUUCUCUACAAGGCAACAGCCUCUCAAGCAUGAUGCCGGAGGAGAUGGGAAAUCUCACUUCUCUCAAUGUUCUCAAUCUUCAAAGAAACAGUUUUUCGGGUUCAAUCCCAUCAACGAUCCGGCAAUGCGUGAAGCUAUAUGAACUGAGGCUCUCAGAAAACAACUUAACCGGUUCGAUCCCAUCCGAGCUAGGAGAACUCACUGAGCUGCAAGUAAUCCUCGACCUAAGCGAAAACUUCCUCUCCGGAAAAAUCCCCUCAUCCCUCGGAAACCUAAUGAAGUUGGAGAGAUUGAAUCUCUCUUCCAAUCAACUCCAAGGAGAAGUUCCGUCCUCACUCGGAAAGCUGACAAGCCUGCACAUGCUAAACCUAUCAAAUAAUUUCCUCCAAGGUCAAAUCCCAUCAAUCUUUUCAGGAUUCCCACCCAGCUCCUUCUCGAGUAAUCCAAAGCUCUGCGGCCCACCACUAGCGUCGUGUUCGGAAUCCAAAAGGCAGAGGAAGAAGGGCCUUUCUGAUGCUGCAGAGACUGGAAUUAUAGUGGCCAUUGUUUUAACGUCGGCAGUAAUAUGCUUGGCGAUGCUUUAUGUCAUGCUGAGGAUGUGGUGCAACUGGAGAAGAGUUUCCGUCUCGAAUAUGGACGGCGGCGGAGGCGGGGCGGAGUGCAAGAGGGAAGAGGAGUUGUGGGAUUUUGGGAAUGAGAAGAAGAGGGGUGGUGAGUGUUGGAAUGUGGUUUCUUUGGCUCUGGUUAAUUCAAAAGAUGAAGAAAUGCAGCAACAGCAGCAUGCACUCUACUCUACACCACACAGUGAAAAGAAGAUGCCAUGGUAAAUAGUAAAUACCUCAGUUCGAAGCCAUGGAAAUUACCCAAGAGUUCGAAUCCAUGGAAAUUACCCAAGUCAUCUUUUGCCUUCUUACAUUUUUGAACUAAAUUGUUGUACAAUCUCACUUUACUUGAAUUUUUUCAGUUUUUUUUUUUUUUUUUAACCAGAGUGGAAAUGGUUGAGUUUUUUCAGCGUAUAGAUUUCUACAGUAAGGAGGCAUUUUGAAUUGGAUUCUCUUAUUGAUAUAUGAAGCGGGUGAUUCACACCAACCAAUGUUGAGUUGCUUCAUAUUUCUUUGUUCUAAAGAAGAGUAGAAAUUCUCUGCGCUAUACGUUCGUCAUUGGGUUUUGUACUGAUAACGAUAACAUCGAUAUCUGUAUCUAUAGUAUUCAUAGUUGAUAAAACUAUCAAUAUUUGUAUAUGUAAUAUUGAUACAAGUAUUAAUAGGAUGCUGAUACAUUUUAA